GUAAAGAUGGCGGCGUUGUGGCAGCUAAGGUUUCUAAGUUUGUUCGUGAUGGGACUUAAGGCUUUUGCUGAUUUGACAGAUGGAAACAGUGAAUACUUAAAGAGGGAGCACUCGCUUAUCAAACCAUAUCAGGGAGUGGGAUCCGGCGCAAUGCCAAUGUGGGAUUUCAGUGGAAGCACAAUGUUAACCAGUCAAUAUGUUCGUCUCACUACUGAUGAGAGGAGCAAAGAAGGCUCUAUCUGGAAUAGAUUACCCUGCUUUUUGAAAGACUGGGAAUUGCAUGUUCAGUUCCGGAUCCAUGGAUCUGGAAAGAAAAACCUGCAUGGAGAUGGUUUUGCCCUGUGGUAUGCAAGGGAUCGAUUACAGCCUGGGCCUGUUUUUGGAAACCAAGAUAAGUUUCAUGGUCUGGCAGUGUUUUUGGACACUUAUCCCAAUGAUGAAACAACAGAGCGUGUUUUCCCUUACAUCUCUGUAAUGGUGAACAAUGGCUCCCUGGAGUAUGACCACAGCAAAGAUGGACGAACAAUAGAACUGGCAGGCUGCACAGUUGAUAUCCGCAACAAGAAUCAUGACACCUUCCUUGCUAUUCGCUAUUCUCAGGGGCGUCUUACGGUGAUGACUGAUAUUGAAGAUAAGAAUGAAUGGAAGAAUUGUCUAGAUAUAUCUGGGGUCCGCUUACCAACUGGUUAUUAUUUUGGAGCAUCUGCUGCAACCGGAGAUUUAUCAGAUAAUCAUGAUAUAAUUUCAAUGAAGCUUUACCAGCUGAUGGUUGACCAUUCAUCAGAUGAUGAGAACAUUGACUGGACUAAGAUAGAGCCCAGUGUAAGCCUGCUAAAGUCUCCCAAGGAUAAUGUCGAUGACCCAACUGGGAAUUACCGCAGUGGCCCACUGACAGGCUGGAAGGUUUUCUUGCUACUGCUUGCUGCCCUUCUGGGUAUUAUUGUGUGCGCUGUUGUAGGAGCUGUUGUGUUCCAAAAACGUCAGGAAAGGAACAAAAGAUUCUACUGAUCAGACUCUGGCAGAUGAAGUAAAUGCCCAUAAUGCAAAUGUGAACAUAUGGAUUGGACAGAUUUCUUAAGUAGGCUAAAAAAUAAUGUAUCGUCAUAACUUUUCAUUGAUGGUUGAAAGAAUCAUAAUAUUAAGAAGGGGGUGGGAAAGGCUCGAGCUGAGCUGUUUUUUCUGUUUUAUUUGAUCCAUUUUGAUUAUAUAUUGACAACCUACAUUUUACUUGCAUUUGCUAUGAAACUCUCUUGGACAAGCAAAAGGAAAUGCCAGCUUUGCAGUUAGAUGUUGCUACAUUCUUUACAUGCAACUCAUGUACCACCUGCUCUGUAAUUCAGCUUCCCAGCAGCAGAAUUUUGUGGAUAUUGCUGCUCGGAUUGAGCAAGUUAUGGAAAGCACAAAUUCAUCCCUGGAACCUUCAUGGAGAAAGGCUUGGCUGUUCAGUCCUCUUCUGGUUUUUUGCUGGUGGCAAAAUGUUUACAUGAAAUGAAUUGGGGAAAAGGACUUUCAGCUUUUGUCUGCACUACAUAUUCCUUCAAUAUCCUGGGAAUGAUUUGAAGCCACUAGAUGCAAUGCAAGCUUUUUGGGGACGGGCUUUAUGUUUUUAAGAAAAUGAAUGGAGGUGAGUCUAGUAAAAGUAUGGACAGUUGGACUGUGACUGAGAUUGUUGCCAAUUAAAGAAAAGAGGAAAACAAA